AUUUUAGUCUUCAAGAAGAUGAGCAACAAAUCCUAGUUUUUGCGUCGCGUCGGAAACACUCUUCUUGGGCGGCUGUGAAACGGAAACGAUGAAAUACGCUACGUCCCCUACACCAUCAAGGAGCAACAGCUCCCUGCUGGGGAUGUCGUCAAGGGCGGCAUCACCGCUCCCUCACCCGGCCAACUAUCGAGGUGACUGUAUGAGCGCUACCACGAAAAGCUACAAAUAUCUGCGCCGGUUCGUAAAGUUUGACCAGAUGGACUUCGAGUACGCCAUGUGGCAGAUGGUUUACCUGUUUAUAGCCCCCAAAAAAGUUUACCGAAACUUCAACUAUCGGAAACAUACCAAGUCACAAUUUGCGCGCGAUGAUCCUGCUUUUCUAGUAUUGCUGAUGGCAUGUCUAUGCGUCACAUCGAUAGGGAUGGCGUGGGUGUUAAGCUUAGGAUUCACACAGACCAUCCUGUUCACACUCUACGUGGUAUUUGUCGACUGCAUAUUCUGUGGCAUGGUGGUGGCCACCAUUUUGUGGCUGAUCGCUAACCGCUACCUAAGGGAUCGAAACAGUGACUUCGACAUGGAGUGGGGCUAUGCGUUCGACGUCCAUUUGAAUGCCUUCUUUCCGCCGCUCAUUCUGUUGCACUUUAUUCAGCUGUUCUUCUAUCACCCGUUGAUCAGGUGGGACUCGUUUCUGUCGACAUUCAUCGGCAACACCAUUUGGCUGAUGGCACUCGGCCACUACAUCUACAUCACCUUCCUAGGCUUUGAUGUGGUCCCAUCAUUAAAAAACACCCGGAUAAUCCUCGUAACCCUACCGCUUCUUUUUAUUUUCUACGUGUUGACUCUCAUCAUCGGGUGGAAUCUGAGUGUAUCGCUGAUGUACUACUACCAUUAUCGAGUACUUUGAAGACAAAAAAACAAUCCGCGUGUGUGGGGACUUGUA